AAACUGCAGGAACAUGUGUAUACAUUUUUUUAAUUUAAUUUUACAUCAUAGCAAUCGAGCCAGUCAUUUUUAAGCGUCAUUCGAAAUUGUGAGUCUAAACUUCAGGGAACCAAAUUCAAGUUAACAUCAAAAUGGCCGGUAGAAAUUCAAACACCGAACCAAUGACCUCAAUCAUCGACACAUUAGAUACCCUCGAGAAUACCCUCAGUAAUUUGGAGCUAGAUAUUCGUAAUGAACUCAACGCCCAGCGAUUACUGCAACAGUGUCAACUUAACCUCGCCUCGAAAUGUCAAGACAGCCCUCGGAUCUCAUACCUAGUGGCUGAUGGAUCAAGCAAGAGAUCAUCCACUAGCUCGAUGCAAGGGAGCGGGUGUAAUUGUCGAUGCAAUCAAGCACUCGUGAUUUAUUUGGACCAGUUACGACAAGCGAAGAAUGAACAGGAAGAACUUCUGCAGAAGCUUAGGAUCAGGGAAGAGCAGACACAGUUGUAUCGCUGCAAAUUGAUGGAAUCCAACGCCAUCGUGGAGCAUCAAAAGCAGGAGAUACGAGACUUCAAAGAGAACGAAAAACUUGUGACCCAACAAAUCAAAGUCGCGCUUGAGGAAGAAAAUCGAACGCUCAUGGACGAAAUUAACCGGCUCAAGGGGCUGCCAGAUGAACUGCGAAAGCAGCAGUAUGCCCUCAAGCAAGCCAACAGGGAACUGCAGGACACUAAGUGCACCCUCAAAGCACUCAUGGAGGACAUCGAGUCCGGGCUGGAGACGUGCGAAAAUAUUUCCGGUGAGCUGCAGCAGGAACGAAAGCGUGCCUUCCGCACACUGAAUGAGAUUGACGAUGAAAAGCGAAAAGUCAUGACCUGGGUUGCGAAAUAUGGUGAGCUAAAGCAGCAAUACGAUUCUGCGCUCGCGCAGAAGCAAUCUGUGGACGAGCUGAGCACGGCGCUGGAAGAGAAGACUUUCAUCCUGGAAAAUCUAACGAAGGAAUAUGACGCACUCAAAGAAGAAAGUGUUGCACUCAUGACGACAGUCGAAGCUCGGAACGAAAAACAGCGAACGGAAUUGCAGGAGCGUGUGCUAGAGCUAGAAUGCGAGAAUCUUCGCCUCAAGAUCGCCCUGGAAGAUCAGAGUUACAAGACGUCGGACGCAUCCCAUAACAUGCAUCGAGAGCUGUUGCAGUUGGAGCAGAAAUUUACCGAAGCACAGGACGAAAUCGCCGCUAUGAAACGAUUCAACGAGGCGGCGGCUGCCGCUGCUGAGUACGGAAAACGCCUGAAGAGCAUUCCAGAAGAUGCGUCACAAACAAACGUGGAAAGAUUGAGCGCUCCGUUCUGCAGCCAUUGCGUUGUCGAUAAUACUUCUGCGAGCUUGCUACCACCAACAGUGGAAGAGGUUAGUUCGCUAAAAAUAUUCGACAAUGAUCACAUGGAACAUGGAAACGACGAAGAUAACGAGGGCGGGGAAGUAGCAGUUGAGUCGAUCACUGGUUCGAAAUCAUGAAACACGUAAAGAUAAUUUCUACUUUUUUGAUUGAAUAAAAAAAGAAGAAUCCCUCA